AUGAGUGUACACGAGCUAGACUACGCGCAGCCCGGUGCGAUGCGAUCCGAGUCCCUGCACCACGUCGAUGUGGAGGCAGGGCGCGGCUCGAUCAGUUCGCAGGUCUCGCCAACAGCGAGAGAUGGGCGCGAGGGGAGCUCUUUUCCAGCUUUCGCAACCGCCGCAGCACGAGUCAAUUCCAACGAGACCACGAGACGCCGAGCCCGCCGUUCGAACACCGCUCGAUCAUACCACCCCGAAGGAUUCGCCCAGGACCCCAACUGGCAGCCAGGAACCGAACCUGGUAUCGACCCGACAAAACCACUUCCCGCCUUUACCUCUGAAUGGUCGUCGAACAUUCCUGCGGAUCUACACCGACGGUGCGAAAUUACAAUUGUGGACUUCUCCCAACAUGAGAUGCGACAGUACGAGUUGGACAAUGAUACGUUAGAGCAAUUCCUCGCGCGGGAAAGGGAGCCUUGGGUACAAUGUCGGUGGAUCAAUGUCAAUGGAUUAAGCUGGGAUGUGAUUAAGAUUCUUGGAAACCAUAAGGGGCUGCAUCGGCUUGCAAUUGAGGAUUUGGUUCAUACGACCAAUCGAACGAAGGCUGAUUGGUAUUCGGACCAUGCGUUUGUCGUGUUGACAUUGCAGAAGUUGAUGAAGAUCUAUGAGGAGGAUAGUGACUCCGAGAAUGAAGAGGAGGUCCCGGCUAGUCGGUGGAAGUCAAAGGACCGGAAGAGCUCUGUGCUCAGCGACAGAAGCUCAAUCUCUCUGAAGAGGCCUACGAAAACAAGUCUUAUCCUUGAAGCACUGAAGGAUCUUUUCCGGUUCAGGAGGUCCUCGGACAAAGAAGAGAAGGAGAGGCCAACAGUUGGGUCCAGUGUUCGACCUGGUGUUGGACGACGGACCUCGAAACAUGCUUCUCACUUCGGAAAUGUUGGGACUACAACACAGACUACAGCCAGGAGUCUUCAGCGCUAUCGUGGUGGACCUAAUGAAGACCGGAUCGAGUUCAUGGAACGCCAUGCCGUACUCGCUGGCAAAGGGUUGUCUGUCACAUUGGAGCAGGUCUCGAUCUUCCUACAUGCAGACAACACGGUGACAUCCUUCUUUGAAACUAGCGCAGAUGAUAUCGAGGCACCAAUUGUCCGACGUCUCAGCUCACCUGAGACUAUCCUUCGACAGUCAUGCGAUGCCAGUAUGCUAUUACAAGCCAUCAUCGACGCGGUGAUUGAUCUUGCAAUUCCUGUCACAAUGGCCUACCAAGACGCCAUCGGUGAUCUCGAACUAGAGGUCCUAACAGAUCCAGAUAUCGACCAGUCAAAGUCUUUGUAUAUCUUAACAUCCGAAAUUGCGGUCCUACGAAACUCCAUGCAACCGAUCGUUGCCGUGAUGAACGCACUUCGUGAUCACCGCUCUGAGCCAAUCGGUACACCUGGCUUUGGCGUUUUGCGGAGCCCUCUCAGCCCAGCUACUACACCCGCCGAGCCAGCUGACUGUCGUCCCCAUGUCGGUGUUAUCACCCCAAACCUGAAGAGCAUUGGUGGAACCAGUGUCACCAUCAGCUCCAUGUGCCAUACAUACCUGGGCGAUGCACUCGAUCAUUGCAUUACCAUUGUAGAAGGGUAUGAUCAGAUGCGCCGCGCUGCUGAUAAUAUGAUCGACCUUAUAUUCAACACUAUUGGUGCAUACCAGAACGAGAGUAUGAAGCAGUUGACUCUUGUCACUUGUCUAUACCUUCCUAUGACAUUCCUGACAGGAUAUUUUGGUAUGAACUUCACGGAUUUCGCUGGAAUAGAACACAGUGACGGCUAUUUCUGGAAGAUUGCAAUACCAUUCGUUUGCGCCACAACUUUCAUACUCAUGCGUGAUAAAAUCCAGCGUUACGCUGUUAUGCUCGCUCAGAGACGUUUGAUUGUCAGCUCUCGGAAACAGAGACGGGAGAGGAAGAAGAAAUAG